AUCAUGCUCGAAUGAUGCUCCAGUUGUUUAUCAUGCCUUUUGUGUUUAUUUCAAAUGCACCUCUCACUCAUGUCAAAAUAUGUAAGCUGUGGUAGACCUUAUACAGUUAUAUAUCCAGUAAAAAGAACGCUUCUUCUCUACAAUUAAAUCUGCCUCACUAGUCACUAGAUAUGGCUCUCCAUGUCCGCUCAACUCCAAUUCUGGUGCCUCAGAUUACUCGAAAAUCAGCACCUUAUCAUCCUAGCAUCUGGGGAAACAGAUUCCUCGCAUUCAAUGAUUCUUCUGUUGUGAAAACUGAUCUUGAUCGCAAAGAGGAAGAGCAUCUUCAACUGCUAAAACAAGAAGUGAAGAAAAUGCUAAGUGCAGGGGAAAGAUCUCAACAAGAGUUAAUCAGCCUGAUUGACGAUAUUCAAAGGCUGGGUUUGUCUUACCACUUUGAAGCGGAGAUAGACACAUUAUUGCAGCACUUGAAGGAAAGGUUUGGUGUAUAUUAUGGCACCAAAACUGAUGAUGACCUGCAUGAUGUUGCUCUAUGUUUCCGGCUACUAAGACAGCAAGGACAUAAUGUCUCUUCUGAUGUAUUCUACAAAUUCAAGUGCAGCAACGGCAAGUUCAAAGAGAACUUGGUCAAGGACGUGAAAGGAAUGCUAAGCUUGUUUGAAGCAGCACAUCUGAGAGUGCACGGGGAAAAUGUACUAGAUGAUGCUCUAGAAUUUACCACCUCUCACCUUAAGGAACAUAUGAAAUCCAACUUAGGGAGUCCAUUAGUAGAUCUUGUUGGUCGUUCACUAAAGUAUCCUCUUCGGAAGAGUUUGAACAGGCUUGUGGCAAGGCAUUACAUCUCAAUCUACCACAAAUUUGAAAGGCAUAAUCAAGUGCUGCUAAAUAUGGCAAAAACCGACUUCAACCUGGUGCAGAAGGUGCAUCAAGUGGAGCUGGGUCAUCUUACAAGGUGGUGGAAGGAUUUAGAUUUUGCACACAAGCUUUCAUUCGCAAGAGACAGAUUGGUGGAAUGCUACUUUUGGAUAUCGGGGGUGUACUUUGAGCUGCAUUAUGCCCCUGCUCGAAUAUUUUUUACAAAAGUGAUUUCUUUAUCAUCCAUAAUUGAUGACAUAUAUGAUGUCUAUGGAACCAUUGAAGAACUUCAGCAGUUCACUGAUGCAAUACAAAAAUGGGAUAUGAGUUGCUUAGAUCAGCUGCCGGAGUACAUGAGACACUGUUAUCAACCUCUACUGGAUAUUUACACUGAAGCGCAAGAAGAGAUUGCAAAGACGGGAAGGCCAUCAUACGCCGUUGAUUAUGCAAUAGAUGCUUGUAAAGAGUUGACAAGAGGAUAUUUGAAAGAAGCUAAAUGGUGUCAAGUCCACUACACUCCUACGUUUGAAGAGUACAUGAGUACUGCUCUUGUAACUGGGGGGAUCUACAUGUUAUCGGUCUCAAGCUUCGUGCUGAUGGGGGAUGUCGCCACUAGGGAAUCAUUCGAGUGGAUGUCAAAAGAUCCCUUAAUUGUUAGAGCUUCCUCCGUGAUUUGCAGACUCACUGACGACAUUGUGGGACAUGAGUUUGAGAAGCUGAGACAACAUAUACCGUCAUUAGUUGAGUGUUUUAUGAAACAACAUGGAGUUCCGAAAGAUACAGCUUGCGAUGAACUGCAGAAACGCAUCACAAAUGCGUGGAUGGAUAUGAAUCAGGAAUGUCUACAUCCAACAGCAGCUCCGAUGCCGUUGCUUGCAAGAGUUUUUAAUAUGGCAUGUGUGAUCAAUCUUCUUUAUGAUGAAUAUGACGGAUACACGCAUUCAUCAACUGCGACCAAAGAUAUCAUAACCUCCAUCCUGUUAGAUCCUAUUUAAGUAUAAAGAGUCACUCUCUAUGCUUGGCAGUGUCUCGUCUGCAUAAUCUAUGCUUUCUUGUUGUUGUGUGAAGAAUAAGAGACAGUCUCUGCUUGGCAAAUAUACUGUUGAUAGUAGCUUUAGCUAUCAAAUAGAAAAACUCAAAAAAAUUUGACUAAAAAUCAAGGCUUAAAAUGGAUUGAUUCUCAA